CGCAAGCCCACGAGCAGCGGCCGUCUUUGAACCAGACUGCUCACAGUCAACAACGGUAUGCGUAACAGGGAUAGCAGAAUGACUACAGUUAAAAAACCAUUUCUGACAUCCGAUAAGAUAUUAUUGUUCACAUUAUGGUACUCUGCUCUGAUGUCAGUUCUGUUGAUAUACGUAACACACAACAACUCAUCUGCAACCAAAUCAAGUCAAAAGAUGUCUCACAUUUACUAUUAUAAAGAAAAACCACGCGAUGUGAGAGACAUUCAAGAGGGUAACCCAAUGUGGAAUAAGUUUGUAACGAAAAAACCUGAAAAAAUUCAGGAAAAUUUGGAGGAUUUUGAAUUGGACAGUGACGACGAGGAACCUCAUGUCCCAGGAUAUGUUGGUGUGCGAGAUGAAAGUCCAUUAUAUUUCAAAUGUGCACAGUGCGCUUUGGUAUCGAGUUCCGGUCAACUUGUAGGUAAGGGUGCCGGGGGAGACAUCGACGACGCCGAAUGCGUUAUCCGUAUGAAUACUGCGCCGACAAUCGGUUACGAAGAAGACGUAGGCUCCAGGACAACUGUUCGAGUGAUAGGUCACGUUAAUCUUGAACGCGGAUUGCAUAACGAUACAGAUAUGCAGAAGAUUAACCUCCAAAGAGAAGACACUCGUCCAGAAGUGCUUAUCAUACCGUGGCUUUUCUCUGAGAAAAUAAAUAGAAAGACGGAUCCGAUCUACAAUAUUGCUAUGAACUUAUCCAAAAAUUACAAAGAUGUUGAUUUUUAUUUUUUAACUUCGAACAAGAUGACAAUCUCGGAGGAUCUUUUCCGUAAAGAAACUGGGCUUAGUCGGUCCACUGCACAUACAUGGCUGACCACUGGUUGGAUGACAAUGAUAUUCGCUAUGGAUGUUUGUGACAGGAUCGACGUCUACGGAUUGAUUCACGAAGACUACUGCAAAGAGCACCCGAAUGAGACAGCGCCGUACCAUUACUACGAGCCGGACUUUAAACGAGAAUGCGAUUACUAUAUGUGGAGUGAAACACAGCUAGCAAAGGGCCACAAGUUUGUCACCGAAAAAGCAGUAUUUGCACGGUGGUCACGAAGGUUCAAUAUUCGAUUCCACUAUCCUUCUUGGAAAGCUAAAAUAAAAAACGAAACAGAUUUUGUGGACACACCAUUCUUAAAAGAAUAUUACAAAGCUAAGGAAAAGGGCCUUUUGGAAGAAGCGUACGCGAAGGAGGAAAUAAGACUAAUGAAAUUAAGGGGAGAAUGGCCUCCAAAGGAGGUACCAGUUGCACCACCUAAACAAAAUGUUACUGUUAUUAAAAGCAAAAGGAGGAGAAUUCGUAGAAGGAAGUUACGAGUUCGAGCUGGUUGGAGGCGCAACAUGACAAAUCCUGAAAAGUAUAUAAUUGAAGAUCUUGGGGAGGUUAUUGAAACAAAAUGAUAAUUAUUGGUGUUUGUAGACUAUUAUUUUUAUGUUAUUAUUUUAAGUUAUAAAGCCAAACGCACACUGCGUUGAACUAUGAACCCAUUACCGUUCUUGGUGAGAGCAAGUGAGCGCUUGUCACGACGCGACGCCGUUUGCUGACUUCCAGUUGCAGACUGAGCGAAUGUCGUCAAAACGAUCCGUUGCGCAAGUCUCUCGUCAAGUUGCAUUUGCACGUUGCGUGAAUACGUCGGCUGACAACCAUCUGAGCAGUGUGUGUGCCCAGCCUUAGUUUGAACACAAAAUGUAAAGACACACUAUAAGAUGUGUAGAGCUUCCUAAAUGCGUAGAUGAGCAGGAUAAAGAAAAUUAGGUGUAAAGAAUGGAAGCAGUUAACAAUUCUUAGAAUUAAAAAAAAAAUAAAAUUCUAUAUUUGAAUGGAUAACUUGAAUAUUUUAGGUUACUUAAUCAGUGGCGGAUUCAGGAUUAUUUUGCAGGUUGGGAGGGGGCAGUGACAAUCGAGGACCUAUGGCUUUUGGGUGGAGAAUUUGGCCCGAGGGGCCGGGUUAAGCGCUUUCACUUUGAUUAUAUUGGAGGUAAAGAUUUUUUUUUCAACCUCUGGAUCAGCCUUUAUUCUUUGAUCACCACAGUUUAUGGUGGCGACCAAUUUUGUUUUUUAGAGCUUUUGUUUUAUGUAUAUUCACAGACAACUUGGUGAAACUUAAGAAGAUACUUAAAGCUAUCGAUAGUAAUAUUUCCUUCUGAGAGUUUUUAGAAGACAAAUUGUUUUUUUUUUCUCAACAUUGUAUUCAAAAACUUCUACAGUCGAUUGUCAGUCUUCGUCAUCUAUCUACUAAUUUUCCCUUCCUCUUUUUCCAAUACAACCUACCCAAUACUAUAUCUUUUUAUAAGUUGUCUUCAUUCCUGCCAUAAAAUUUAGUUCAAACUUUCACAUUAUGCUUUACACUUCUUCAUUUGUAGCCGCCUUUCUUCCCAGGGUAUAUAACAAUCUCAUAAGGAACCAUAUUUUCGAUGGCUGUCUAUAACCUGAUCUUUUUUGACCAACUCUAAUAUAACAUGUAUAACCCAAGUGCUGUAGGCCUAUGCUGUCCGUCAAUCGAGUCUAGUUGUUUUAAACAUUAUAAAUACAAUGAAUUAUAUUAAUUCAUUCCUUUAUAUUUAUAAUGUGUUGCCAGUUUGUAAAUGUUAGUUUGAUCAUGGAUCAGUGUAAUUUUUCUUAACCUCUGUGUGGUUUCUUGCAUCUUUAAGAGAUAAGCUACGGUACUUGAAAAUAUAAUAUUGAGGUUGAUGAUCGUUUGUGGUAAACCAUUCAAAUGGCCAAUCUUCAUUGUUGCUUUAUAAAAAACUUCAAGAAGUAAUUGGAAUUAGUUGAAAUAUAAUACAGUUUACUUUCAAGCAGUGUAGUUACUAUCUCGACUACAUCUUCAGGAAAACAGAUACAUUUACAGUACACAUAAUCAUUCAAGCAUGAAAUUGUUAAUCGCUGAGAAGAUGCAAAUUCGGACCAGGCCGGCACCCCACGCUCAACCGUGGAUACGAGCUACCAAUAGUACUGGAAUGAAUGAUCAUGUUGUCACAUGAUUAAUCAAAUCCAAUUUCAUGCUUGAAUGAUCAUGUGACAACAUGUUUCCCUAAAGAAGUUCCUGAACGAAAGCUUCUUGGAAGUAAAGUAACCUGUAUUUUCAAAUUACAAUUACAACGAUAACAAAUUGAUUUUUGAAAACUUCCAAGGUAGUUCUAGCUUCUAAUUUGUUACCUCGUAGGCUUAUCGAAGGUUUGAAAUAAUUCUCCCACAGGAUAAGACAUUUUACUAGGCUAUGUUUCACACACGGCAGCUAACGGUUAGCAACAUCUGGAUCUUGCGAACACGAGAAAAUCCCGAUCCGGAUACAAGAUGAUGAUCGGAUCAGUGGGCAAUAGGAAACUGGAAAUUGGAAAUGCGUGCCUUCAAUUGGUUAAAGACAGAAACGCGCUCAGUUUGCUAACAGAUAGCGUAUCCGGAUCCUGGUAACGGUUAGCGCUAACCGAUCGGACGUUCACACACGGGUACUAACAGUUAGCUCCCAAUCCGGAUGUCCGGGCUCUCGUGUGAACCUGACCUUUGUUAAUGUUUCUAUGAAUACAUAUUAUUGUUAUGGUUAGCAUCGACCUUGACCUUGUAGAUAAUUGCAGAAUCUUCAGUAAGAUGAAGGUGGCAACUUAACGGAAGAAACGUUAUUAUCUUUACUAUUAAUAUUGAAUUUACUUCAUUAAUAUUAUUUAAUAAUUGUAUUAAUAAUAUUAUUGUUAUUGGUAUUAUUAUUGCAUUUGCUAAAUUUAAGAAUUAAGGUUUAAUGAUACAAAUUUAUGACGUGGGCAAUAAUUUGUCGGUGUUCUGUUCGACAAUAUUUAUCGACUUUUUAAAACACUACUCUUUUGCAGGAGGGUGCAUGUAAAAUGGUAUUAAAUUUUCAUUAUUUUAUCUAUCAAAAU